AGAUGUCUAAGCAGCCAGACAGAAAGGUCGGGGUAGCAUUCUCAGGUGGUGGCAUUCGAUCAGCAGCGCUGUGYUCUGGUGUCUUACGAAGAUUGCUCCAAACAUCGACUCCCAUUGACUACCUUAGCUGUGUUUCCGGUGGGGGAUACAUAGGAGCAUCCUAUCUUGACUGGAAGUUCCGUAAUGAGUGUAAAGAUGAUCCUUUUUGGCAUAAAGAGUACUUUGAACAUUUACGCCAGCACAGCAACCCCAUAUGUGAUUGCAGAAACCCUUGCACGGGUUGUUUCCAUGCUCUACGAAUCAUCUUGCUCGCACUCUUUGUCUCGCUGAUCGUGCCUUGUGCCAGUGUUUUUAUGUAUGCCAUCCCAAAUGCUUAUGCAUUCGAUUAUUUCUUUGGUGACAAGCUACGCGCAUCAUUCGUGUGCCCAAAGGGAAAUGAUCACAACUUUACAGAGUCACAGAUCAAAGAGAACCCCCAAAUCGUCCAAUCCUUGAACAUCAGUUCAAGUAAAACUGUUGAAUGUGUGCCCGUGUUUGGGGUUCUGAUGUACGACACGAUUUCACUCUUUGCUAUUUUACUGGCUAUCACGAUAUCGAUGUUCUUUCUCAAGACAAUCUUCAAGCGAAGAUCUCUGUUCAAUGUUUUCAAUAUCUCCUCUAGCGUUAUGGUUUUUGUAUUCUGCAUGGUAUUUCUUCCAUGGUUGAUUGAGGAAUACAUCGUUGUGACGCCUUUAUGGGUAAAUGCUUUGAUCAUCGUCCUUAGUGUCGUAGUUUGGCUGGGCUUUCCACCACUGCGCAGCAAAGCAUCGUGGAUACUGGUUAUCUUUUUCUUUGCCUACACCGUCAAAUGGCGAGUCUACAAGACAGCAAUACUUGGAAUUGUAUAUACCCAAGAACGGUUUUGGGUUAUGCUAUGGAUUUCGGGUAUGCUGUUGUGGUUGCAUCCCUUCCUUGGAUCACUUCAGCAAAAUGCAGUACAUUUACAAAAUGCCUUAAUGCUCCAGAAGACCUUUUUUUCUCCUGAAAGUCGUAAAUCAGCAAAGGUGAAUUGUGCUGACUUCGUUCCUUGGUCAACAAGUUGCUGCCAAUCAAAACAGGAAGAUAUAAACAGACCUCUGACUCUUGGUGAUCUAGCCCACCUAAAACCGGAAUAUAUGUGUAACGUGGCAGUCAAUCAUUGGAGAAAAACAAACGAACAAGGAGAGAAAAAUUACGAGCUUCUGGUGCUGUCUCCUUCCAUAAUUGAACGUAUCGAUCGAAGCCAAGAUGAGAAGCAGUUCGACAAUGAAGGAUUUAUUCAACCAAGUGACGUCAAACUGCAUACUGCUAUGGCAACMUCGGCUGCCGCCGUAUCGUAUGAUUUUGGCAGACGCAGCGAGGGCCUCCAAGCGGUUCGUGAUCUGCAAAUCGUACUAGGUAUUGGUAUGGGUAAGAGUCUCGUGGCACAACCUGGCCUCAGCAGUCAACUACCAUGUGUAGUGAGGGCACUGCCAAUGAUAGUUCAACUUCUAAUGGCAAUUCCUCUUCUUGGGAUCCCUGUUGCACGCUAUUACGGAGCACCUAUAUACUUUGACAAAAUCGCAAUAAUCAUGUUUCUUUGCAUUCUGGGCAUAUUGACAUUGGUUGCUGUCAUACCAACAGGGGCUGCAAAUCCGGGAUGUUUGAGAAAAUUUAUAAGGUGGUGUAUAAUUAACAUCUACCACGUUCGACUCUUGCGAAAGCUUCUGGGCAUUACCAAUAUAGGACCCGUUCCUCCUCCUGUUAUGGAACUAAGCGACGGUGGCCAUAUCGAGAACCUGGCACUGCUACCUCUCUUCAAACUCCGACUUCCACGGAUAGUAGUGGUCAAUGGAAGCUACUUGGAACCUGGAACUCACUACGCCACAGACCUUCUCUUUGCUUUACAGCAGGCACGUGAGAAACUCCGUUGCUCGUUCACUGGACUUGAUGGUCGGGAUGUCCUUGAAGAUAUACGUGAGAAAUUCGUGGAGCAACCUGAAGGAAAACAACCGAGAUGUUAUCGAUUUGUUGUACAUUAUUAUGCCAAGAAUGGCUUGUCGGAUCUCAAAGUCGGGGAGGGUGAAGUUAUGCUGAUAUCGCCAAGACAUCCAAGUAAAGGGACAAACGAUCUGGAAGARUCAGCAUGGAAUGAUUUCAGCGAUGACGUCAAGUUAAAUCUCGAUGAAGGUGCAUGGGAUCGAGGUCCAGCAGUUAACGCACACGAGGUAGAUCGCUUAACAGGCUGUUGCUUUGAGUGCUGCCAUUGGAGCCCAUGCAACUUCUUAUGCAGGUUUGGCAGAUUCCCACACCAUUCCACUGCCAAUCAAAUGUUUACACCAGCUAUGUUCACAGCAUACCACAGAGAAGGGUACCGCGCAUGUGUUGAAGCCCAGGCUGACCAAUUUUUGAUUGCCUAACUUAUGCGUUGCUGUUUUAUGUAGUGGACCACAUUUUACCUGUUUUGAACUCCAAAGAAAUUAUGAAAAGAAACUUAGUGACAAGUAACGAGACUUUCCAUGUUACCGAAACAAUUGUGGCAAUUUUUUAUUAUUUUCAUUUUUUGAGGGAGCUUCUGCAAUAGACACUAUUCAAUUUGUGAAACAAAGCUUGAUAGGAGUCAUAUUCCUCUCACUUUUUUAUAUCCUCUAUAACARUCCUUUUUUAAAGCUGUUUUUACUUAGUUUUCUUUACAAAAAUAUAGAAGUAGACGUUUCUAAUAAAAAAACAACAACAUAAAACAGCUUUUAGGAUAUAUGUUAGGUGUUAUAAAACGUACGAGGAGUACAACUCCCGUCAUGCUUUGUUGUACAAAAAACGUCGCUGCACAUUGCCUACUGUAAUGAUAAUCAUAUAAUCAGCUUAUAAGGGUUAAUCAUGAUAACAUU